UGAAUCUGUGCUUCGUCUGGGUCCGCGGUCCGCGAAGCUCCGAGUGGAUCGUUCCCGGGGCGCUGACACCCGUCGGUGGAUUGCUCUCUCCCGUGUGCGUGUGGCUCCGAAGCCCGUCUCGCUGCUUCCUUCCAGCCCUCGGCUCUCCGGCCGCUCGCCAAGCCCCUCCUGGGGCACGCCAGCGGGGAGAUCGGGCCCGCGUGAGUGUGUGGCGGGGAGCCCCGCGCGCCUUCCCCGGACGAGCUCAGGGAUCAGGGCUGCCGGCUGCCGAGGCAGGCGUCCACCUCGCUGCUGGUGUGUGUGUGUGUGACUGUGUUGGAUUCCGGGGGGCCGAGGGGGCGUCGAGAGGCAGCCCGGCGCUCUGCUGCCGCCCCACCCCCUCCAGCCAGAGGCGAGAAUCGCCGGACUCUCGGAUCCGCUCCGGUUUCGCUAGCUGCUGGGAUCUCCACCUUGGAUUCGCGGCUGCUUGUUUCUGCUCGGCUGUUAUUAUUAUUGUUGCCGCUGCUGUUAUUUUAUUUUUCCCCAAGGGAGAAAGCACAAAAAAAAAAAAAACCCCAAAACAAACCAAAAACAACUGUGGGAUUUAAUUAACAUGAUCUUGGCAAACGCCUUCUGCCUCUUCUUUUUCUUAGACGAGACCUUCCUCCGCUCUUUGGCCAGCCCUUCCUCCCCGCAGGGCCCGGAGCUCCCCCACGGCUGGCGGCCCCCGGUGGACUGCGUUCGGGCCAAUGAGCUGUGCGCCGCAGAAUCCAACUGCAGCUCUCGCUACCGCACACUGCGGCAGUGCCUGGCUGGCCGGGACCGCAACACCAUGCUUGCCAACAAGGAGUGCCAGGCGGCCCUGGAGGUGUUGCAGGAGAGCCCCCUCUAUGACUGCCGUUGCAAGAGGGGCAUGAAGAAGGAGCUACAGUGCUUGCAGAUCUACUGGAGCAUCCACCUGGGGCUGACUGAAGGUGAGGAGUUCUAUGAGGCCUCACCCUACGAGCCGGUGACCUCCCGCCUCUCGGACAUCUUCAGGCUUGCUUCCAUCUUCUCAGGGACAGGGGCAGACCCAGCGGUCAGCGCCAAGAGCAACCACUGCCUGGACGCAGCCAAGGCCUGCAACCUGAACGACAACUGCAAGAAGCUGCGUUCGUCCUACAUCUCCAUCUGCAACCGCGAGAUCUCGCCCACCGAACGCUGCAACCGCCGCAAGUGCCACAAGGCCCUGCGCCAGUUCUUCGACCGCGUGCCCAGCGAAUACACCUACCGCAUGCUCUUCUGCUCCUGCCAAGACCAGGCAUGUGCCGAGCGCCGCCGGCAGACCAUCCUGCCCAGCUGCUCCUACGAGGACAAGGAGAAGCCCAACUGCCUGGAGCUGCGCAGCGUGUGCCGCACCGACCACCUGUGCCGGUCUCGGCUGGCCGACUUCCACGCCAACUGUCGGGCCUCCUACCGGACGCUCACCAGCUGCCCCGGGGACAAUUACCAGGCCUGUCUGGGCUCCUAUGCGGGCAUGAUCGGUUUUGACAUGACUCCUAACUACGUGGACUCCAGCCCUACGGGCAUCGUGAUAUCCCCCUGGUGCAGCUGUCGCGGCAGUGGCAAUGCAGAGGAGGAGUGUGAGAGGUUCCUGAGUGACUUCACAGAGAACCCGUGCCUCCGAAACGCCAUCCAGGCCUUUGGCAACGGCACAGAUGUGAACUUAUCUCCGAAGAGUCCCCCCAUUCUGGCUACCCAGGCCCCUCGGGUGGAGAAGCCACCUUCUUUGCCAGACGACCUGAGUGACAGCACUGGCCUGGGGACCAGUGUCAUCACCACCUGUACAUCCAUCCAGGAACAGGGCCUGAAGGUCAACAGCUCCAAAGAGUUGAGCAUGUGCUUUACAGAGCUGACGACCAGCAUCAUUCCGGGGAGCAACAAGGUCAUCAAACCAAACUCUGGCCCCAGCCGAGCCCGGCCGUCGGCUGCCUGGACCGCCCUCCUGCUCCUGAUACUCAAACUGGCCUUGUAGGCACCCCUCCCUGGGGAACUGUGUGUUGGUCCAGUUUCUGGAAAGUUCCACAGACAAGAACUGCCACUGGACAGGAUGGAAGAAUACGCAGACACACACGGGCACCACAUGCACCUUGCAAAAACAACGACAACAAAAGUUUUUUCCCACCUUGUUUCUCCCAGGUUCUUUCUCUGGAGAAGUUUUUUUUCUAAAGCCAAACAGACAAGCAGGGUGGAGAGAAACACCGUCCAUUCGCUCCAGGGAUUUUCUUCUCUGAAUCCUGCCGAAGCAAAAGACCAAGCUGCCCAGAGGCUGUGUGACUGUACCUGCAGCAGGCUGAGGCAGGACAGGCCCGGCUGGGCACCUGCCCUGGGGAGGGGGCAGAGGGCUGUGGGAGCCCAUGUCUGCCAUCCUCACCUCUUACCUGCUAGAUAGAGCAGGGGUCCUGCUUCUGUCUCUGUCCUCAGCGGGGGGCUCCCAGGAGUGUUUACGUAUGUCUUGGGGAUCCCCACGGAUGCCUGUGGAGGGGGCCGUGUGCCCUGAGCUUCCUGGGUGGUUCUGCCUGCCUGGGGCACCUGCUCCAGAGUGCUGCUUCCCCCCCUUCCACCUCCUCCUCCUCCUUCUGAGUGGUGGUCAGAAGUUUCAAGUCCAAGAGAAAUGAAGCUUUGCUGGCGUCAUGGUUUCUUGGGGGUCUGUGGAGGAGGUGACCCUUGGUGGAGAAGGGGUGCUGAGUUGCAGAAGAGACUGCCAGGUGGACAUGCGUCUCUCGCCUCUCCAUGUCCCUUCUCUCUCUCUCUCUGCUCUCUUUUUCUCAGUCUCUCUCCGAGACCCAAGUCAGCUGCACAUACAGUCUCUUUAACCGUGUGUACAUAUACAUCCACAUUUGUGUAUCGUGUGGUUCUCCGUUCUUUCCUUUUUUUAAAGAAAUGAGACUAUCAGAAUAAUACCCCCAACAGAUGAGCGAAAAUGUAUUAUUGUAAAGUUUAUUUUUUUUAAUGACGUUGUCUAUAAUGGGAACGGAUGGCUCCCGGCCUCCACUCUCUCUGGCUCUUGUGUGCUCGGCUGCCGUCGGUCUCACUGGGCUGUGGCUGGGGGGCCCCUGGUCCGCAUUCACGCUUAAGCUAAAGGUUCCAAUAAAUGUUCUUGGAAGCAA